AUGGCUUCACAGAGCGUCAACGCAUCCGUUCUACACGGAGCCAAGGACCUGCGCAUUGAAACCCGUGAUCUGCCAGCUCCUGCAGCCGACGAAGUACAGAUUGCCAUCCAGUCCACCGGCCUCUGCGGCUCAGACCUGCACUACUUCAACCAUUACCGAAAUGGAGACAUUAUUGUCCGCGAGCCCUUGACGCUCGGCCACGAGUCGAGCGGCACCGUGGUGGCAGUCGGCUCCGACGUCAAGAGCCUGGCGCCCGGAGACCGAGUCGCUCUCGAAGUCGGUCUGCCCUGCGAGACAUGCGAAUACUGCAAACAAGGCCGAUACAACAUCUGCCGCGGAAUGAAGUUUAGAAGCUCGGCCAAAGCCAACCCCCACGCGCAGGGCACGCUGCAAGAAAAGAUCAACCACCCUGCUCGUUGGUGUCACAAACUCCCGUCCCGGCUCUCUCUAGAUCUAGGCGCAAUCAUUGAGCCACUCUCGGUUGCUAUGCACGCGCGGAACCGUGCCAACCUGCCCGCCGGCUCAACAGUGCUCGUCUUUGGCGCCGGCGCGGUCGGUCUCCUCGCUGCGGCAGUCAGCAAGGCCGACGACGCCGCUGCCGUCAUCAUCGCAGAUAUCCAAAAGGACCGCGUGGACUUUGCCGUCGCGAAUGGCUAUGCGGACGCGGGAUUCGUUGUGCCAAUGGCCCGCCCGCAGUCGAUUGAAGAGAAAUUGGCGUAUGCGCAAGACGUCGCUAGCCAGAUCAAAGAGACCCAAGUCCAUGGCAAGGCUGUUGGCGAAGUCUCUGCCGUCUAUGAGUGCACCGGCGUUGAGACCUGCACGCAGACGUCCAUCUACGCAACCAAACCCGGCGGCAAGGUCAUGAUUAUUGGCAUGGGAAACCCGAUUCUCACGCUGCCCAUGUCGGCAGCCGCACUGCGCGAAGUCGAUCUUGUGGGCGUUUUUCGAUACGCCAAUGUCUAUGAGAGAGCGAUCGAGCUCCUUUCAAAUCGUCCUCGUAAUAUGCCGGACUUGUCUUCGCUUGUCACCCACCGAUUCAAGGGCAUGGAGCACAUUGGCGAUGCAUUCGCGAUGGCGGGCAGAGUCAAGGACGAUGAUGGGCGUCUGGUUCUCAAGGUUGUAGUGGACAUGAAGCAGGAGUAG